UCUAGCUUUAUGCUCGUAAACAAAUUAAGUUUAAGUCUUGAAUAUUUUUGUUGAAAAAAAAAUGGAGGAGCAGACUACAGUGUCAGCCCUGCCAACAAGUAAGGAUUUGGAACAAUGGAUUGAACAACUGUACGACUGCAAGCAACUAGCGGAAAGCAACGUCAAAACGUUGUGCGACAAGGCCAAGGAGAUUUUAGCAAAAGAAUCAAAUGUGCAAGAAGUGAAAUGUCCGGUGACUGUCUGUGGAGACGUCCAUGGACAAUUCCAUGAUUUGAUGGAAUUGUUCCGUAUCGGUGGUCGCUCGCCUGAUACAAAUUAUUUGUUCAUGGGUGACUACGUGGAUAGAGGUUACUAUUCUGUCGAAACUGUAACCUUGCUUGUCGCUUUGAAGGUCAGAUUUCAGCACCGUAUUACAAUUUUACGUGGAAAUCAUGAAUCUCGACAAAUUACCCAAGUUUACGGAUUUUAUGACGAAUGUUUAAGAAAAUACGGAAAUGCUAAUGUCUGGAAAUAUUUCACUGAUCUUUUCGAUUACCUCCCGCUGACGGCGCUCGUCGACGGACAAAUUUUCUGUCUCCAUGGUGGGCUGUCACCUUCUAUUGAUACGCUUGAUCACAUUCGUGCUUUGGACCGUCUUCAAGAAGUACCACACGAAGGACCGAUGUGUGACCUUUUAUGGUCUGACCCAGAUGAUCGAAGCGGUUGGGGUAUUUCCCCUCGUGGUGCUGGAUAUACUUUUGGACAAGACAUCUCGGAAACGUUUAACCAUCACAAUGGUCUCACUCUCAUCUCUCGUGCUCACCAACUUGUCAUGGAAGGUUAUAACUGGAGUCAAGAUCGCAACGUCGUAACGAUUUUCAGCGCUCCUAACUACUGCUACAGAUGUGGAAACCAGGCCGCUCUUAUGGAAUUAGACGACGCUCUACGCUACUCAUUCUUACAAUUUGAUCCCGCUCCGAGACGUGGAGAACCCCAUGUUACUAGACGCACUCCCGAUUAUUUCCUGUGAUUUUCACUCAAGAUUUCUGGAACUCAAUUAUCCCACUAUCGGUUUUAUCAAGCCACUUUGGAUCAUAUAUUUACUGGUGUUUUUCACUUAUUGUCGUGACUUGAUCAUCUUGGAAUUUUGAAAACCAAGCGGAACAUUUUUAGAAAAACACUUAUAAUGAAAUCUGCUAUUUAAAUAGAAACCAAAUUAAUUUUUCUACAGAUUAGGCCAUUCAAAAAUUGCUAGGACUAUGUAUCCAUCCCUUUUUGUAACCUGCUAUCUACAUGGCAACCCGAUAACCCUCUAAUGAGGUCAUUCAAAUGCAGAUUGAGACCCUAAAUCUGUCUUAUUCUUAACCUUCUGUCUAUACAACAGCCCAAUAGCCCUCCAUGGACACUUUGAAUGCUAAUUGGUGCUAUGUUACCAUCCCUACUAUAAGAAGAAGGCCAUUCAGAAAGUGCUGUCUAAAUGGUAACCAUCAGUUCAAUAUGGAGGAGGCCAUUAAAGUAUGAAUGCCCUUUCUCAAUUAGUCUAUCCACAUUAUUAUUGACAGGUUGCGAAAAAUCCCCUCUAUAUGCCGGUAAUUACAUUUUAGUAAGGUUUGGUUCUUACCAUGUUUCUGAUGUAUGUUCCGUUCACGGUUUCAAGUAAGAAUAUUCAAGGAUUUCUUACUGUGAAAAAGCUGGGAUAAUUUAAACAGAAUUUUGCAGUUUUUGUUUAUGGAUAACUCGCUUUGUGAUGUUAAUAUUUUUUAUCAUUGUUUGGUCUAAUUGUCUUUUACUCUUUAUCGUAUAUUUAAUAGGAUAAUUUAAAAUGUAACUCAGAACAUGGCUAACCAAGUGGCCAUUAACAAAUAGGGGACUAUGGGCUUAUUAAGACCAGGCACUUGCGUCUUACAAGAUGUCAUAUUUGUUUAAGUUUGAGAAGUCUAUUUUGACAGCUCUAACGCUUGAUAAAUAUAAGUGAUAUUGUUUUUUUAUGCCAUUUUUUUGUGGUUUGCUUGCAACUCAAUUCUACUUCUUGUGGCAUAACUUUCAUAAUAUUUUGCUGUUUUAAACUGUAUGAUUUCUACGAAAUGUUUCAAUCUGAAUCUAAAUUUAGUCAUGUACGGUACCAUGUACAAAUAUUGAAUUAAAUCCAACAUUCAAAUUCAACAAAUUGUCACAGAGGAUAUAAGUGUGUGUUAAAUAACUGUAAUUUCUAAUAAUAUCAUAGAUCAUUUUUUCUUAUUUUGGCUUUUCAUAUUUUGUUAGACUUGAAUACCUUAAAAGCAUAAUUUUCAUUGAUUGUAGCAUUUAAAAAUUCCCCAAAUUAUCCUUGCUGUUCUAUUAUCAAACUGUCAAUUCCACUAUUCUUGUUUACCACAGCUUUCCACACUUAUUUUGUGCAUAUCAUAUUGUCAAAUUAUUCAAUGCUAGUUUCAAGAAAGUGUUAUUAUUAACCGAUGCUAUAUGUGGCAAAAUUCAGAGCGUUUGCAUUUUUUCUCACCUGGAAAAAUGUAGUGUUCCCCAUUGAUGCACAUAAUAUUCUAAUAUUCAUUUUAUUGUUACAUGAAGUGAUAUUUCAAUAUUUGACCGAAUUCAAAGCCUUUUCAACUCUUUUUACAUCUGGAAAAAUGUAAUGUUCCCCACUGAUAUUUUUCACAUGAAGUUCAGAUUAAACGGUUUCAAAUACUUUCUUGGGCGUGUUCUAACGUUUAUCACUAGAUUUUAUUAAUGAGAUUUUCCAUCCUAAUUCUGUUGGGAUCUAAACCAUUAGCUCUAGUAAUCUUGUGGUUUAUUCAAAUUAAACUGUCAUCAUUGAUUUUAUAUUACAUAGUGGUUUCAUCUGCUCUAGUAAAUUCAAAUUUUCUACUCCAAUUAUCGACAAGGCCAUGGCUAUUUAGGUAGUUUAACAAAGCGUACAUACCCCAGACAGAUCAAUGGAAUUCAUUGCAUUCGUAUUUUUAAAAAUUAAAAUGGAUUGAAACUACAGUUUUAUGAGUGAAAUUACCCUAUUCAAAAAUAUCUUUGGCAUUAUGAUGCUGUUAUUGUCUGUAUUUUUAGUUUGCUGGUCAGCUUGAAUUCUCAAAAUCCAUAUCUUAUUGUAUCAUCAUUUGUAUUUCAGUGGGUAUAUAGAUGAUCGGUUAUAUUCUCAUAAUCUAGAUGAGUUGCAGAAGAAUAUUUUGAACAGUUAUAGGUAGCUAAACUAAUUUAUUUUGCAUAAAAAAGUAUUUUCUGGUCUGGACCAGGGAUAUUUUAGAUAGAAAUUUUAAAUAAUGUAGUGAAAAAAAAUUCUUCCAGUAGGAUUUGAUUUAUAAAAAUGACAUGAGCAGAUAAUUGAAUAAAUUGAUAGAUUUUUCCUAACAGCACUUUUUAUAAGUAUGGUAUAUCAUAAAAAAAAGAUAAUACAUUUUGUAGCAACAAGAUAGAUUUUUGCUAAACUACCGUAAUCUAAAAUUUGGAUUGAAACCAAAUACCGAAAAUUGAAUUAGACUUUCUAACACACAAUUUAUACCAUGUAAUAGUACGUAAUAACGCUUUGAUUGGCGUUUCUAUUACCUAGCCAGCCGUUAUACUAUACUCGAUAAUAUUUUGAAUGUCAAUACCUAAUAAUGAUACGAUGUAAUAUUAUGACAAGCUGUCUGGCUAUGUUGUCAUCUAUACCUGACGUUGUUAUCACAAUAGUUUCGAUUAACAAAAUGUCAUGCACACACAAUAUCAUUUGGUUAUAUCACAACCAUAAACAGUAACAGCAAGAAACCUUGAAUAGCCCUGCUUUUGAGGACACAUUUCAAUUUCUCAUCUGACAAAUACUAUAAAUUUUUUACCAUUUGAUUGUUUUGUGCUAAUGAUUAAUAAUUCAACAUUAUACAUUUCUCUGCAAUUUAUUUUGAUUUGAGAACUCUAAAUUUCAUACACUUGUCGAGUGUCAAAUAGAUUAGUAGAACCAUGAUUUGUCUGAAAUUUGGUUUCUUGAAGUAAGCAAUAGAUAAAUUUUAGACUUAUGUAAUCGCACCAUUGUCAAGUUGAUUUCACUCAUUAGAUUGUAUUUUGAUUCAACAUUUUUCAAUUUUCAGUAAAUUUUUGAAAACAGAAUUCAGACCCUUCUAAUUAUUUCUAUCCCAUCAAGAUGAAGACAUGGUAUCACAAGUUCCCGCAAUUUUUUUUUUAAAUAUUCAGAAAAAUAAUAUUUGAAAGAAUGCUCUGAAUAAAUAUAUGAAUAUAGCAUCACAAGUCCCCCCCCCCUAGUCAUGCCCAGGCAAGCAUGACCUAUUCUCUUUAAAUCACACAUGGCCGCAUAUAAUUUAUGUAUAUUAUUGAUCGAAACAGCACUGUAUAGUGUUUAUAAUUUGUAAAUGAAUGUGUCCUGAUCAUCCAACUACAAUUAUGACUAGUUCUAUUGAGUGUUCCUCCCAAUCUUUCAUUUCUCUGAGUCCCAGUGUUCUCCUAGUGCUUAAAAGUUCUUCUAUGAUUAGAAACUAUAGGAAAUAAUUUGAGGAUAAUAACUGCUAUUAGAAUGAAUUAAAUUCUAGUUUUCACAAUAUUUUGCAGGAAGACUAUACAUUUGGGUCCUGUAUUUCUCAUAUAUCAUAUGACCAAAAAACUUAGUCCCCUUAUUAUGUCGGCAGGAGGUGUAAAUAAUGAUAGUGUUUAACUGACUCUAAAAGAAAAUUUUUGGAAGUUCUGAUUAAAAUUGAAAUUAUAGUUUUUGCCAUCCAUAUGUAAAAGGCACUGGGGUACAUUGUUCAAAUUGAAUCAUAGAUAUUGCCUUCCAGUUGGUUGGCCUGCUACCAUUAUAACCGAAACUAUUACAGUUUUAAGAGUUCAUGUCAGAUUCGUAA